AUGGAGGGCGCCGAGCCCCGCGCGCGGCCGGAGCGCCUGGCGGAGGCCGAGGCUCGGGCGGCCGAUGGCGGGCGCCUGGUGGAGGUGCAGUUGAGCGGCGGCGCGCCUUGGGGCUUCACCCUGAAGGGCGGCCGCGAGCACGGCGAGCCGCUGGUCAUCACCAAGGCUGCCAGGCUCCUCUGUCCGUGGGAUUCUUCAGGCAAGAAUCCUGGAAUGGGUUUCCAUUUCCUCCUCCGGGGGAUCUUCCCAAGCCUUGGGAUCGAACGUGCAGCUUCUGCAUUGGCAGAAUUCGGAAAACUGUGGGACGGACAUGGACACACUGCUGUAUUUAACAUGAAUAAUCAAGAAGGACCAGCUGGACAGCACAGAGAACUCUGCUCAAUACUCUAA